AUGGAUCCCUAAUCCCAAGCGAGAGAUCACAAUACCUCUCUCGACAGAACUAGAAAUAUGAAAUAGUCGCACGAUUCAGCAUCAUAGCACAGACCUUUGAAGUAGGGAGCAAAUAAUAUACUAAACAAUUCAGCAAUGAUUGGAUCUCCUCAAAAAUUACUAGCUCAAAGUCAAAUGAAUGACUAAAGAGUAUCAAACUCAGGAAAUAAAAUGUAAAACGGUUUCAAUAGAGGGAAAAACAACUCGAUGAAUGCAUCUCUCUAGGGCUCAUUCUAUAAUGAAAGGAAAAAUGAUCAACUCUCUUAAACUCAUGGUCCAAAUUUCGGAUUCCAAGAAAAAUCUCCCAAAUCAGGCAUGCAAUAUACUGUUUCAGUUAAUGACAUCGUAAAGUCUAACCUCAGGCAUCAACCAUUCGGAGUUGAGUAUUAUAAUCCUCCAAAGAUGGAAAGAGCUUAUCUUCUAAAGCCUCAUAAUGGAAAAAUAGACAAACAGAAGAUUCACAACUUCGCAGAUCUUGAGGCUAAAAAUAAGGCAUUUAUUCCAGGUCCUCAAUACAACACUACUUAGGAUUGGACUAAAUCAUUGCCCAAUCAAACUGGAAAGUUUUAUAAGUCAUAGAGAAUUACAGUCGCUGGAGAGAUUCUAAAGAAUAAAGACAAGACUACACCUAGUCCUGGUCAAUAUGAGUCUUAACCUUGGAAGAAAAUCAACGACAAAAUUAGAGGAAAUUACACAUUGAAGGAUGAUAAGUAGCAAACAUUUAUCGAAGUAGCUACUUACCACGGCAUGCAAUCCCCAAGUGCAAAUUAUGAGCAAGUCAAAUUCGACAACUACAAAGAUAGAACGAGAGUAACCAAGAUCAUUGGAGCUAAAAAGCCCAGAUUUGAGAAGAUUGAGAAGCAGGAUGGACCUGCCCCUGGAUCUUACAAAAUAGAGGAUGCCAUCAUGAAGACCUAAUGGUGCAUUACUAAGCCAUCAGUUGAUAAAUCGAAGAACAUCAGUUUCAUCGAUAAGUAUAAGAAAGAUCACAUGCACAGCCCAGGAGUCGGCUCGUAUGCCAAAUACGAAGAAGCUUUUGCUAAAAUAAGCAAAAGUCCUCGCAGUCUUGCCAGAAGAAGAUGA